AUGUCGGUACCAAAAAUCGAUGCCUUACCACUUGGCUAUACUCCAUACGCCCGAAAUACGAUGAUGCAACGGAUGUACUUCCGUUGGAGAUGUCGUUUGUCUGCCGUUUGGAGUUUUAUUGCCGACGGUGAAACUUUGCAUGGAGCGGUGGAGAUGUUGGACAAUUUUAAUUGCUCUGAAGCAAAAUCGAGGAACCAACAUAACAAUAACAUCGAUGAAGAUAAGGAAUUGUUCGAUAGAAGCGAAAUUGAUUGUCUAUUUUUCCCUAGAACACUGAUGCACAACAAUAUUAAAAAGAAGCAAUUGACAGUGAAUGCAAAAUUGAGAAAUGCAAAUGAUGCCCUUUUCAUACCUGAGGAGGAAAUGAAAGAGGUAGUAAAUAGUGAAACAUUAUGUACUCCAACUCUUCCGGUUCAUAAGGAAAAGAAUGAAAGUUUUUUUUGUCUACUCAUGGAACUGAAGCUUGAAGUCCAACUACAGAAUGCGAAGAUAAGGACCAUGAUUAAUAAGCUACAAAGGGUUUGGUCAUGAUACCUCUAUGUUUCUACACAAACACGGAAUGAGUAAAAUUCAUGAAAAGUGUCUUCCAAAUACCCAUCGUUCUUAUGUACAGCCACAUCAGCAAAUGCGGGACCCAAUUAGGAGAAAUUACGUGGCGCAUGAUUAGGACACCUCGGUCCAAAGUCCAAACGGCAUCACCGUGUGUACGCAUUAUUUUAUGAACUGGGAUUUUAUAUUUAUAUUUUUCAUUUUCUUGAUGCUA